AUGUCUCGCAAGAAGGCAACGAGGAGCAGAAACACUGGCAGCCCCUCCGGGAAAGGCAGCGGCAAAGGUGCGCGGAGCAGCCCGGCCAUGGCGCACUUGAACGGGGUGGUCCAUCCCAGCGGACCCCCCAUCAGCAACAGCAGCGAGUUUUACGACAUCGCCUUCAAGGUGAUGCUGGUGGGCGAUUCGGGCGUAGGCAAAACCUGCCUUCUGGUUCGCUUCAAGGACGGCGCUUUCCUGGCCGGCAGCUUCAUCUCCACGGUGGGCAUCGACUUCCGGAAUAAAGUUCUCAGUAUUGACGGAGUCAAGGUCAAGCUGCAGAUCUGGGACACGGCCGGCCAGGAGAGGUUCCGCAGCGUCACCCACGCUUACUACCGCGACGCCAACGCUUUGCUACUGCUCUACGAUGUCACCAACAAAACAUCCUUUGACAACAUUCAGGCUUGGCUGACAGAGAUCAACGAGUACGCCCAACAGGAUGUGGUGCUCAUGCUACUCGGGAACAAGGCUGACGCCACUCAUGAGCGGGUGGUGAAGAGAGAGGAUGGCGAAAGGCUUGCAAAGGAGUUUGGGGUCCCCUUCAUGGAGACGAGUGCCAGGUCUGGUCUCAACGUUGACUUGGCCUUCACCGCUGUGGCCAAGGAGCUCAAGCAUCGUUCUGGGAAGGAUCCUUGCGAGAACUUUAAACUGCAAGAAUUUGUCAACAACGAGGUCAAGAGUGCUAGCUGCUGCCGGUCGUAA